CUCAGACAGGACCGCCGACUCCUUGUAGACGUGCGCUGAGAUCACCGGCAUCUCUCACGAAGCGACGAAGUCUCGAGCCGAGGCCGCGGCGCAGCCAAGCAAAAGGGCUGCCUGAAUUGAACGGUCCGCGCGCAAAAGCGCUGCAACGCGAUCACUCAUGCGCGACACAAUGCGACCGCUAUGGGCGGCAGCACUGUGGUGCCUGUGGGCAGCAGCCCAGGAUGUCACGCCGCCGCCCGGCGCCGUACUACUGGACCUCGAAUUGACGGUGGACAACACGCCCACGAGGUUAAGGCUGCACCAGGACCAGAGCUUUCUGGAUGCGGCGCGGCAGGCCUGCACGCCGACGGAGACGCCCGAGGCCAAGGACAACUGCGUCGGCGGCGCGAUGUCGAUCAUUGUGAACCAACAUUUGCGGGCAAGUACAGUGCACAAGUCAAAGUUUGCGGCGCUUUCGAUGCGACCCCGGUUCUCACCGCGCGACCUGGCCGUGCUGAAGCACCCGUCUCACUGGUUGAUUUGCACACAGGCGGCGAAGGACGGCCAGGCCGCCGACGCGACGGCUUUGGCUUCGCCCGGCGUGUCGCUCGUGAGGGACGACCUUGAGAAAUACGAUCCCGUGAGCUGGGUGGGGCAGUCGCCGCUGCACGUGGACAUCGAAUUACCAAUUCAAGUAAAGCGGACGGUCUGCGACGCGGAAAGGUGCUUCGAGCUCGGUGACGACGACGGCGUACCGCCGGAGAACCACACGCUGCAGGUGCCCGCGUGGUCGUCGAACCUGACUGAGACCGCGCGAGAGGUCGCUGCCGCUCUGGAUCUGUGGCGCGAGAUGGACCUGACCUUAGUCGAGCAUCGGGUAGCCUUGGAGCGUACAAGAAAGGCCACGCCGUUGGAUCAGCGAUUACACAGAGCUCACGAUUCCUCCCCAGUCGUGUCCUUCGACGGUUUCUACCCGGUGUACUUCGUAUUACAUAAUGGGGCACUCUUCUUCGACGCCCAACGAGUCAAGGUCUCGGGCGCAUUCAGGCCUCCGAUAGACGGUGAGGUUUGCAUCGCGGUGACGUCCCUGGGCGAGGGUAAUGCGGACGUGAAUCCGCCUGCCGAGGCGGCCGGCGAGGCGUGCUUCGCCGAUACGUACAACGCUGUUUUAACGGGCUUCGAGCAGGCCAAGGGGUCCCACCGGCUGACGGCGCGGUUGCGGCGGAAGGACACGGACGCGACGGUCGGGGAGGGCGACUUCUCGACGUUCGUCGCGGCGCCUCCAUUACGACCGACUACUCCCUGGGACUCGCCCCAGGGCCGCUUCAUAAAAUUGCUGCGCGACGCUGUGGUGGGUUGGUUGUACCUCGACAACGUGAACCCCGAUGACCCCGGGCUUGCUGGCCCGUGUACCACUGGCUGGAACGGCCACACCAUGGUGGGUGUCCACAAGCUGGACUGGUUGCAGGCAAUGAUCGAGGGUUUGGUUAACGACCAGGUACCCGGCGACAUUGUGGAAUGUGGGGCCUGGCGCGGUGGCGCGUCGAUUUUUAGCAAGGGCGUCGUGGAUGUCUUGGAUCCGACGGGCGGCCGCAAGAUUUUGGUGGCCGACACGUUCGUGGGCUUCCCGGCGGCCGACAAAAACGAUGGCGUAGAUACUGACGGGUGGGCCUACCAGAAUUUUCAUGUCGGCGGGUCCGACGCCGUCGUGGCGACGUUUAAGAGAUACGGCGUCUUCGAUGACAAGGUCGUGAUCGCGGCGGGGCUCUUCAACGAGACGCUGCCCAUCCUGCCGACGGAGCAGAUCGCGUUGCUGCGAAUGGACUGUGACAUGUACCGGUCGACGAUCGACGCGCUGUCAAACCUCUACGACAAAGUCGCGGUUUGUGGCAGUGCAUAAAAUCAAAUUGUCGCGGCGCGUCCACGCCAUCGACGCGACGCCAGCUCGAUGGCGUCGCGGUGCGGUCUCUCUCCGCUCGAUUCAGGGGGCCCGACUCACUGGUUGAUUUGUGCACAGGUCGGCGGCAUCGUCGUUCACAACAACUGGCAGUACACGUCCGCGCGCGCCGCAGUGGUAGACUUCCGUCGCGACCGCGGCAUCGAGCACCUACCGCUCCACCUCGUCGACGGCAACGCGAUGGCUUGGAUUAAGGAGGCAUAGUCUAUUCCUGUUUCCCCCGGGUGGUGUCGCCGCGAAUCUGGCUCAAAAACCUCCUCGCAUACGCACGCAACGCUAGCGGUACGUAAGACACUAGAAUCAAGCAACG